AGAGAGAGAGAGAGAGUUGCAAUGCCGUUGGGGAAAUACGAUUGCGAAUACUGCAACAAACAAUUCCAAGACACUCCGUACGCUCGCAAACGCCAUCUUCAGAGCCUCCAACACCUUCGAGCCAAAGCUCAAUGGUUCGACUCCUUCAAAGAUCCUAAUGAUGCUUAUGCACAAAGCUUUGGAAGAGGGGUCUGCAACCGCUUUGUCAAAACGGGAUUCUGUCAAUAUGGGGAUGCUUGCAAGUAUUUCCACCCCAAGAACAGUCAGCAGAAUACAUUUGGGGCUUCAGGCGUAACUGAUGAUAACCAAUCUUCAACUUUCCAAGGGAAUUCAAUGGUUGCAGGCAGCUCUUUGCCAGAUGUGGUGGUGAGAGAUAACAUGGGAAUGUCAUGGGGAAAUCUGCCUCCAUCGCUAAUGCCUCCUCCAGAGGGUGGAUAUCCUUCUAUUCCAUUUGUGGACUGGGGAUGAGUCAUCUGUGUCUUGUAUCCACCACUUAGGUAGUGCUAUCCCAGGAAAUAUGAAAGGUGAAUUUGGAAGUCAAACUGUCCCAUAUCAAGGGCUCUGGAGAAACCCGAUCUUGGUUUUGUAAAAGAUUUGGUGCCUAAUUUACAAUCUGCUGAAGUAAACUCCGCGCAUGAUCUGCUACUAGUCCAGACCAAUUUCUUUGAAUGUGGUGGAGUAGUGAUCGGAAUCAACAUUUCACAUAAGAUCAUUGACGCCUUCACACUCGGCACAUUCCUUAACAGUUGGUCUGCAACUUCCCGUGGCCUGGAACUUCCUCCACAUAAUUAUGUCGGCGAAGCUGUUCCCCCCACUGGAGUUGUUUCAAGCCACGGCUGCAGUUUGAAAAGAUUGCUAAUGAUAGGUGUACAACUAGAAGAUUCUUGUUUGAAUCCUUGAAGAUUUAGUCUCUGAAGUCCAAAGCUGCCAGUACUGCUGUGCCAAAUCUUCUAUGAGUCAUUGUGUCAGCACUGUUUGGAAAUCUGCGAUGAAAGCAUCAACCGCAAACUCAAAUUCUGCAAGACCAUCAUCAUCAGCAUGGGUGGUUGCAAAAGACUAUAUGGCUCCACCAGUUGGUGCAGGUUGCCUUUUUAUAGAACCAAUUUUGGAUGGGGAAAGUCAUUGAUGAGUAGUCCUGCAAAUGCAGGAUUCAAGAAUUUGAAUUUCAUGAAGGAUACCAGUGAUGGAGGUGGUAUGGAAGCGCGUUUGACAUUGAAAGAAGCAGAGAUGGUUAUACUUGAAAACAAUGGAGAGCUGCUUGCAUAUGCUUCUCUGAAUCCCAAAGCCUCCAGAAUAACAAAUAGCCAUCUCUUGUGCUUCUUACAUGAUGUUCAAUUUGUUACUAGCUACUUGUCUCUGUCUCACUUUCAACAAUGUUUUUCAGGCAUA